GUUGAACUCAGACGCAACCGUCACUUUGCGCAAUGGACUCGUCCUCUUCAGCAGCAGCAGCUCUCAAGCUUGAAAUUGAUCGAUUAUCAGGUGCAAUCAACCGAUUCAAGACCGGAGACUCUCAAGGUCAAGCACGCCAAGUUAACAGACCCAAUGUCUACGUCAAUCCGAAUUACAAGCCGCGGAGCAAUCCCGUCUAUCCAAAGACUACGCCUUACCAGAGGCCGUCCCCGCCGCAGCGACCUACUACUCCCAAAUCUCAGACACGCGAUGUAGUCAUUGGAGGUGUUACUUUCCAGUCCUCUGGUCGUUCUCUAGUUCGUAAGGACUUGGCGAAGCCAGCUACAAUCGCCCCCGGCGCAACAUCGAAACGACCAAUGUUGCCACCUUCUAGGUAUCCGAGGACUCAUGAUGGACAAGCGGGUAGUACGAAGAGGGCUUUCAAGCCCAGAACAUCUAGUCAGAACCGCAACAUGACUCUGGCCAAUAACAGGAGACCAUAUCAAUCCACCAAACGUAAACUGAACAAGCCUUGUCCUCGAUUCACUACGACUGGAUCCUGCAAUCGCGGUCGUACAUGUAUGUAUCAACAUGACCCCUCCAAGAUCGCCAUCUGUUGGCCCUUCCUGCAGGGCAGUUGCCCCAACAGCGCCGACACCUGCCCGCUUUCUCACGACCCCACGCCCGAACGCACGCCGCUUUGUGUGCACUUUGCUAACAACGGCCGCUGCACGCGCCCGGACUGCCCGUUUCCGCACGUCCGUGUCGGCCAGCGGCAUGGCGUCUGCAGGGACUUUGCCGUCCUCGGCUACUGCGAGAAAGGGCUCGAUUGCGACAAGCAACACGUGCGCGAAUGCCCCGAUUUCGCGGAGAAGGGCGUGUGUACGACGAAGGGGUGCAAGCUUCCGCAUGUCAUACGCGCCAAUCGCAAUCGCAAGACCGCCCCUGCUGCUUCAGCUUCUACUGCUCCGGCUUUGUCCGGAGGGGCUGAUUCGGUGGAACCUUCUGCUGGCCAGAAUCCCUCCGCUUCGGCUCCUAUUUCUUCUGUUGAAUCUGGUGGUGUUGCUGAUGGUUCCAGCGCUCAUCGGACGACUGCAGAACAUGCGCAGCUCGGAGAUGAGUUCAUCUCACUCACUUUCAAUGAAGAUGAGGACGAGAGCGAGAGUGAAGAUGAGGAUGACGACGACGAUGGUGAUGGUAACAACCAUGGCAAUGAAGAUUCCGAGGAGGAAAUUACAGAGCAGUUACAUCAUCGCUCACCCGACGGCGGAGUGGAUAGUGGAACGUAUUCGACAUGAAUGUAAAGUGUGUACAGUAGUGAACUUGCAUCAAUAUACUAUACCUUGGGUUA